CUACUGUUAAUUCGCGUAUUUUGGAUAAGGUAUUGUUGCUCUGCCAAAAGAACAACACUAAGCUAGAUCAAAUUUUAAAAAGACAAGAUAAAUUUGAGACAAUUAUUAUUGAGCAAAAAGAUAAAAUUGAUGAAAUUUUAUCAAAAUUUGAGGAGCAGAAAUUCAAUACAGAGAUCAGAAUCGGCAAAAAGGAGGGUAAAGAUAAAGGAAAGAAAAAUAGAAUCAAAUUUUAUCAAAAAGUGAUUCAAAAAUUGUCUUACAAGUUGUUUUACAAACAUAGACAACUAACAGACAAUGAACCCAAAGUACGCCUAAAGGCGAAAUUAGAUAGCGAUGAAUAUUGUACAAAUUAUCUUCGAAAGCUGAAAGAUAACAAUAUUAGUUACAACGAUUUAUAG